AUGGCUAACCAUUUGCAAGCUGACCCCAACCUCGUGCAUGCAGGUACAUAUUUUCCCUUCGAGGGUACACACGGAAGUAUGAAUAUGAAUGUAUGUUAUGUCACCUUAACGCCUUACCAAAAAGUCUAUAGCCAACUGUUCGACAAAGGUAAUUUCCGUUUACCGAAUUCCGUUUGGCGCGCUCACCUGUCAAGGUGGGCACGUGCCGCGGCGCCACCGGCUUUUUGCGAGCCCUCCACAAUAACACCUGUGGUGUAUCAGGUGUUGAUAAAUUGCUUAGAUUUCAAAUACUUGUAA